AUGCCUACUUCAAUUGGCGACCUGUCAGCUGGUGCACUAGAACUACUUGGUUGCCGAACCCUCACGCCACCCGUACGCCCGCACACCGUCCUGCUACCUGAAACGCUGCACAAGGCCAGAGACAGUGGCUGGGCUGAAUACCAGAACACAGGAUAUGCUUUGCAUUUCUCUCAGUUUCACAGCAACAGCAGCAGCAGCAGCAGCAGCAGCUGCUGCAGAGAGGACGAACACUCUGCAGUCAAGAUGAAUACUGCCGGGGAUGUGGUUUGCACUGGCUGGCUCAUUAAAUCUCCCCCGGAGAAGAAACUCAAGAGAUUUGCAUGGAGAAAACGUUGGUUUGUCCUGCGAAGAGGUCGCAUGAGCGGUAACCCCGACGUGCUGGAGUACUACCAAAGUAAGAACUCCAAAAAGCCCAUUCGCACCAUUGACCUGAGAGAGUGCCAGGUUGAAAUGCUGAACGGGCAGCUGGGCAUAAAACGAGACUUCCAAGAGAAGCACCUGUUUGUGGUCAAGACCUCCGCUCGAAUGUUCUACCUGGUGGCCAAGACUGAAGAGGAGAUGAACAGCUGGAUCAGAAGCAUCAGUCGCAUUUGCCACUUUGGCAAUCAGGAGGACGCGGGGAGUUUAGAAGAAGGAUUUCCUCACACUCCGACAUCUCUUCAGCCGUCAAGUGACACCUCUGACCAAGUGUCCAGUCACCCCCCAGAUUAUCUCAUCCUUUCACAAUGUGGGACGGGGAGCGAAAGCAUUUGUAGGCAUGGCAGCCUUUCAAACUCGGAGAGCUGUUUGAAGCAGAAGGCAACUGAAGAUAUUGUGCCUUCACCUCCUUGUAGUGAUUCUUCAUCAUUACACUGCAUUUCCCAGUUCCGCCUCAGUCCAUCACCUAUAAGACACGGGAGGCCGGCCAAUCCUCCUCUUAGCGCUCCGUGCACGGCGGCGCCCUCCUCUUCAUCUCCGCUUCAUCUCUGCGCCAUGAGCGUCUUCCAGUUUGACAGACCGUAUUCUUGUGCGUCAUUUGAGGCCGCCAACGACGGGCAAACACCUCCUCCGCUGCCACCUAAGCCUAACCAUCUGUCGGACGGAGGCAUUCGCAGGCCGAGGGCAAUGAGUGCGCGGCAUUUCCCCAAACAUCUCGCUUUACUUUCCCGGAGAACAUCUUUGUCAAGCCUGGACCAUUUUACAAUAGGAGAUGCUGACAACAGAUCAUCAGGGAACAGAAGGCAGACUCUUCAUUUGCAGUCCUAUAUAAACACCACAUGGGUUCAACACCAGGAAGAGGACUCCUACAUCCCCAUGCUUUCUCCAUCCGAAGGUGACGGUUACAUCCCCAUGAAUCCCGUCAGCGUGCCCGAAACAAAGGGCAAAGGCAAGGUCACCAAGACUCUCAGCCCUCUGUGCCAAGCAGGAGAAUGUGGACCUCCUCCGAUACACCGCCAUCUCAAACCUUGCUUGAGGAGAGCUCGACCACCACCACUUGACUUGAGAGGCCUCUCUACAAUCACCGAAUGUCCCGCUCAUCAUUCUUUCAACAGAACCAAGACUGAACUGUGUUUCAGUUUUCCUGGAAAGGGUGUACCUCAUGAAGAAAGUCUUGGAAAUGAAGGCAACCCGGGAGACGAAGAUCCAUAUGGCCCCACAACGGAGUCAAGGCAACACGUCGACGGAGCCGUUCAACAUUGGGCGAGAAAGUCAAACCUCGACUACUUGUCGCUGGAUUUCAACUCGGCUUCUCCUUCUCCUGUACAGAAGAAGCCUCUUCUUUUUGACGAAGACCGCGUGGAUUACGUUCUGGUGGACGAGAAGAAGACUCAGGCACUACAAAACACCAAGAUGGAGUGGACAGAUGUCAGACAGUCCAAAACAAUGGUGGAGCAGUCACAAUGA